UGACAGAGUUUACUGUCGCCAUCAGGCUGCCACGUCUUCAAAUCUCUGCACGGCUUCUAAGACCCACAAGCCAAACCUCAGCCAAAAUGGAGGCCAUCAAAAAGAAGAUGCUCAUGCUAAAGUUAGACAAGGAGAAUGCACUGGACCAGGCUGAACAAGCUGAAGCUGACAAGAAAGCAGCCGAAGACAGAAGCAAGCAGCAUGAAGACGAACUUCUGCAAAUGCAAAAGAAGCUGAAGGGGACAGAAGACGAGCUUGAUAAGUAUUCGGAGGCCCUGAAGGAUGCUCAGGAAAAGCUUGAGGUGGCUGAUAAGAAGGCUGCUGAUGCUGAAGCAGAAGUGGCUUCCCUGAACAGACGUAUCCAGUUGGUGGAGGAGGAGUUGGAUCGAGCUCAGGAGAGACUAGCAACGGCUCUGCAGAAGUUGGAGGAGGCAGAGAAGGCCGCUGAUGAGAGCGAGAGAGGUAUGAAGGUGAUUGAGAACAGGGCUCAAAAAGAUGAAGAAAAGAUGGAGCUUCAGGAGAUUCAGCUGAAGGAGGCCAAACACAUCGCAGAGGAGGCUGACCGCAAGUAUGAGGAGGUGGCUCGUAAACUGGUGAUUGUAGAAGCAGAGCUGGAGCGAACCGAGGAGAGGGCAGAGCUUGCUGAAGCUAAAUGUGCUGAAUUGGAGGAGGAACUGAAGAACGUCACCAAUAACCUGAAAUCUCUGGAGGCCCAGGCUGAGAAGUACUCUCAAAAGGAAGACAAGUAUGAGGAAGAGAUCAAGAUAUUGACUGACAAGCUGAAAGAGGCUGAGACCCGGGCUGAGUUUGCUGAGAGAUCUGUGGCUAAGCUGGAGAAGACCAUUGAUGAUCUGGAAGAUGAGCUUUAUGCACAGAAGCUCAAGUACAAAGCCAUCAGCGAGGAACUGGACCACGCCCUGAAUGACAUGACAUCUAUCUAACCACCCUGAAGCUCCACCAUCCUGCAAAGUUCGGCCCUCCUGCCCCCCAGCACCGCCCACCAGCACCGUCUCAUUGACCUUUCCUCAUUACUCAACUUUUGAAUGGAAAAACUGUCUAUUUAUCUGCUGAUCUGGCUCCUCCUCACAGGGUUUCUUGUCUCUGUCAAACAAUCGUUGUUUAUUUAAUGUUUUUGGAUUCCUUUCAUGUAUUCAUUCUGUAUUAACUCUCUUCCCUAACAAGGUGAAACAAGUCGAGGAAAAGCUUGAGUUAAUGAA